ACUGGAAAUGAAGAAGGGAACGAUUUUAACCAACUGACCAAAGUACAGACAUGAACAAUGGGUUGUAAUUUUUUGUACAGUAAUAAAAAUCUGUAUUACAAAAUAAAUCCUCCUUUUUCCUUAGAUAAUUGUGGAAUUUCAAAAGGUUGUGUUGCAUGCAUCUCUCCUCCUGACACCCUGAGAACAAACUCCCCCUGAUGGGAAAUCUGACAGAGAAUCAUUUGAGGACAACCUGCAUGAGAGGAGAAACCUGAGUUGGUGAAAUGUCACGCAAGGAAGGAGAGAAAUCCCCCCUUUUUUGAUUCUUUUGUGGAACUGCAGACAAGAAUGUGAUGUUUCUGCACAGUGCAAAUGCAUUUCUAACAGCUCGGGCUGUCGCUUUAAGACAACGAUAGCUUUGUGUCUGAUUAAUUCAAUGUACGGCGACGCGUUAGUGGAGAAACCUUAUUAGACUCGCAGCCCCACAGAGAGGGGGAGAGGGAGAGGAGAGGCACCGAGCAGAGCUGCGCGCUGGAGGAUAAUUGGAUUUAUUUAAAGUGAUCGUUACAUUGUGGGUGUUUUCUUAAGAUGAAGACAUCUUGAGAAUGGGUUUGGAGUAGAAAACGAGAGUCUGCAACAUUGCACACAACCAGAGGAGCGAUUUUCUCCAUCACAAUACAUCCGAUCAGAGGAGGAGGACAGAAGAUCGUGAGGUAUGUCGUCGGAAAAACACGGUCUCGAUGAGUCCGGCCGUCAGACCAUGCAGCCUCCUCCGUACCUCCCUGGCCCACAAGACCCGAACGUCCCCCAACAUCCGAACAUGCAGCCUGCUCCAGGCACCCAACCCAACUACCCUCCUCCUCCACCUCCUCCAGGAUCAGAGGGAUACCUCCAAGAAACCCAGUUCCACUGCGGCCCGAUGGGACCACAGGGAGCUCCACAGGGCUACACGGUCCAGACGCAGGGCCCUGGAGGCGCCAUGCCUCACCCGCCUGUAGGAUACCUCCACCCAGGCUACCCGCUCCAGCUGCAGCCCUGCACAGCCUACGUACCUGUCUACCCCAUGGCAUCGGGUCAGCCCUACAUGCCAGCUGCAGGAGGCCACCCAGCUAUCCCACCUGGCCAGAUUCAUCCCAUGCAAAUGCCACCCAGCAUCACCCUGAUGGACCGUCGGCCACCUCACGACUACCUGCCCAUCGCCGUGCUCACCACUGUCUGCUGCUUCUGGCCCACAGGCAUCAUCGCCAUCAUCAAAGCUGUGCAGGUGCGUACGGCAAUAGCCAGAGGGGACAUGGUGACGGCGGAAAUAGCCUCCCGCGAGGCACGCAACUUCUCCUUCAUCAGUCUGGCUGUUGGCAUCGCCUCCAUCGUGCUGUGCACCAUCCUCACGGUGGUAGUAAUCAUAGCCUCGCAGCACCACGACGACGACUGGGAGCCAUAACUCCACGCCACUAUCAGAAAGAACAAAACAUGGCAUAUUUUAGCUAGCUAAAUACUCUCAAUUAUUUUGAGGAAAUAGGAGCACUGAAGAUGCAACACAAACUGCUACUGCAUUGCUGGCCCUCUGUGAGCAACAACACACACAGCUCUGACUUUAACCUGUUGCCAUCAAACACACCGACAACCAAAAAACAACCAAUCACAACUCAUGUUGAAACACCAAAUACAGCAGCUGUUAAAGAGGUCCAGUAUUGCUGUUAGCACUGCGUUCGCUUAAUAUUUACACUGAAAUAUGAGCUGCAAGAGGUUAACAAUGCUCCUUGCAUUAACAAUUAAUUUGAUGCUGAUUAAUUCAUUUGGAUUAUUUAGUGGAUGAGAGGACAGAUGGCUCUAUCUACUAAAUGUGCCCACACAGGUGUAGUUUUUGGAUAGUUUAAAGCUCAUUUUAGUUAAAAAAAAAUUAAGUUUUUUUCUCCUUUGAAAACAUAAAAAGUGCCAUGUUGAAUGAAAACAGUGUUAUUGCUGACAGACUGGGACAUGAGACUGUGUAACUGACCUAAGAUGUACGGGGGGGCUGAUCAAUACAAAUUUAACCCACCAAAUGGAGACCGGACUGGCAGAGCAUCUAAUGUAACCAAACAGUAUUUAUUGAGAUUGGAUGUUUGUGUGUUACAUGGACAUGAGAUGAAACAUAACCUCUGUUUUUGAAUUAAUUUAAACUCUGUUAUUUAUUGAUUUAUUUAAUAUCUACCCAUGCACCAACUUUUUCUGCUUUAAUUUACAGUAUAUCAAUACUUUAUUGCAGCUAUCUGGCACUUUGCAAUUGGCUUAAAUUUGAUAUCUGAUGAUGAUUUUGCACUUUGUAGUAACUACAUGAGAUGACGCGGCUGCUUACAUUCAUAGUUCUUAUAGUGCAUGCUAAUUAUAGAUUCAAACUAACAAGCGUGUGGUGCAAAAAUAGCUUGUCUCCCAUCUAUUGGUGGAAAUAUUUCCUUAAACUUGUCUAGAAAUAUGUGUUAUAUAGUAUUUUUCAAAAUGUCAAACAAGCUGCUGUAAAAACAAGAAUAUUAAGGAGACAGUUAAGAUGAUGAGUAUUUGAAUUUAAGAUUUACUAAUAUUGAUUUCUGCGAGUAUUUCACAGUGUAUUGGCCUAUUUUGUGUUGCACAUCUCUGAGCUAUUUAUUCAAUCUGACACUGUAUAUGAAACUGUAGUGCAACGAUAGACUUAUGCGGCGUCAUAACCCUGCAUGUCAUCCUCAGUUUGUUUCCAUUUGUCUUAAAAAUUGAGGCUAGAUGUGAAGGCUGUGAGCUCCUGUGACGUCAAUUCACUGGUGUAAACACAAAGAGUCAGGCGGAGUUCGCUCCACGUGAGUUUCCAUAAUGUAGCGUAGCUCUGAGCGGCAGGUGUGCUGCUGUUUGUAUGAGCUGUAACAACACAGCGUGAAUAUUAUGUGAGGGUUGAUGGAGUUACAGAAGAACAGAAAAUGAAUGUUUUUAAUAGACGAGUGAGAAAAUAUUAAUGCCUAUACUGUAUUGUAGCACUUUCUGCUCUUUAAAUUCUGUCCGCGGUUUCCUAUCCUCCCUCUUUUUGUCUGUUUCCUCUUUCCCACAUUAAUUAUGGACCUAUAAUACAUCCAUUUUCCCAUCCUCCUUUCCUCUGUUGGUCCCUAUGAUGAUGAUAUUUUCAAAAAGAAUUAUACAGAAUGAUGUUUGUGGACAAUGAACACAAAUAGAGACGGUAAAAAUACAGUUUAUUCUGUAUUUAUAUACAAUUAAUGUUAUUAUUAUUGUCAUUAUUAUUUAUAUCAUUGACUAUCACUAAUGUAUAAUAUUAAGUACACAGGACACAACCAGGGCUGUAUUUGUCAAACAUUUAAAAACUAAAACAAAUAAAUGUCUAAGGAAGUUUUCUGUAAAUUUGUAAAUGGAUUUUAGUAAAAAAAAAACAGCACAGGAUAUUUUAAAAAAUCCUUUAAGUGCUGGCACCUACUAAGAAAGGCUAGUUGUGCUGGCUUGGGACACAUCAGCAGUAGCAUACCUCAGGGUCAUUGGGUGUUUUGGCCCUUUACAACUAGACACCCUCGCCUGAGGGGGGCCCUACGGGGGUGAUCAAGCCCCGCGGUGCAUCCCUGACGCCCAACCAGAUGCCCAGCAGGAGUCUUGCACCUUUAACCAUAACCACUGGCUGCUUCUGUCCGCUGCCUCUGGCAUACUUCUGAUGGUUUCGGUGGAGGCUCUGACCUCUGAUUCCCAGAUCCUUUAGCAAUUUGGUCGUAGAUACUGCCACAAACCCCCUGCAUUCCACUGGGCAGACUUCAGUGUUCAGCCACAAAGUUUUGCUUCAGCCACUAGGUCGGCAGUGUGUAGAUGUUUUUCGCUCAUACACUUUCUCCACUCAAUCCUCCAAGGGCACAAUGAGUUCAGUGAUAAAGACCUUCAUUAGAGAGGAGGACCAAGAGUAUUAUGUCAGGUCUGAGUGUAGUGAUUGCAAAUUCCAGAAGAAACGCAAUUUUAACCAGCAUCAACUAGCAUCUUCAAGUCGCAAGUUCCUUGAAGUUGGUCAUGCUCCAAUGGUGUGGGGCUGCUCCAGGCUAAUUUCACCCACUCUCGGACAAAGGUGGUUUGCAGGAGGUGGAGUGCUGUCGGUGAUAAGGAGUUGGUGGUGGUUCGCUUGGUUUAGAGGAUGGAGACAAGGCUCUUAAGGACUUGAUUAUGACGCCAGGUGUAAUGUCCCUGGGUAAGGCUGACCUUACACCCUGCUAGUAUGUGCUUGAGGGAAGCUGGCCUGGAGCGUAGGACACAUCCUGGGUCUUCUGAUAAAGAUUGCUAUGAGUUGGAAGGACAUCGUAUACAGCUCUGAUAACAAAGCAGAGUCGCUUUGCUUCCAAGCUUCAUAAGCCCUUUCAGCUUAUCUUCCUCCUCUCCACACUGUCCAAUCUUCUCCAUUGUCCCUGUUAACCAAGAGAGACCUUCUGCCUUGGCCUACCUUGCUGCUUCCUCCUGCCAGCGUAUUUCCCCCACCACCAUUUUCCUUCAUUCUGGUGCUCUUGCUCUGUUCCAAGCUGGCCGUUUAGCUGUUAGUCCAAGGCCUCCUCCUCCUCCUUUCUGAACAUGUCCCACUAUGUAUGUAUGUUUUAAAGCUGGUAUUACCUCCUCCACUGCACUGACUGGUCUCCUGGUACUUUAACUCCUCCAUGAGAUCAGUGAGGGGCAGUUUGAGGACACAAUCUGUAGGGCCUAUGGUGGUAAGGCACCGUGGAACUCCAAGCCACUGCUUGACAUAGCCUGUAAUUCCUCUUUCCAGUUUCUCCACUGAUGAGAUCGUUGAGAACCCCAAAGACAUCUGGUGCAUUCUUAAAUACCUUUAUAUUGGACUCCAUUUGGCCCUCGGGCUGAAGCCAAUCUUGCCCAAAAAGAAUAUUUUUGUUUUCUAGCCUAGACAGAGAUAAGAAUAUGGACACCACACUUACUGUAUGUCUAUGAGGUAAAUAUUAAGCUACACUCAGGAGAUAUUAACUGAGCUAAGCCAAAAGACGGGGCAACAGCUAGCUUAACUCUGCCUGAAGCUAACAAAGUCUACCUCUUAGUACCAUGUUAUUGUUGUUUUCUCUUUUUGGUCUUUGUACAUAUUAUUAAAAUAUAUAUAUAUGGACAACAUGUUAAUAAGUGAGCUUUAGAGGGACUAGUUGGUUGAUUUUAUUUUCUUAGACAAGCAGGCUAGCUAUUUCCCCAUUUUGCUAGGCUUAGCUAACUAGCUUCUGGCUGUAGCUUUGUGGUGUCAAUGUUUUCACAUCUCUCUGUGCAAGAAAACAUUAUCUGGUACAUUUAUUAAGUUGCUGGAUAAAGUUUAACAAGUUAAGUUUAACACACAAAGUGUCACUCGUAGUGUUUUGAUAAAUACAGGCUUGAGCUGUCCUUUUAUUAACACAGUGAUAUCUCAAUGUUAAAGAGUAAAUGAAGCACAGUGCAGUUCAGUAUUAUUAUUGUACAGAAGGUUCUGGCAGUGAGUGUGUGUGACUCCUAGCAUAUCUAGUUUAAAUAAUGCUAGGCUGCAUCUCCCCCGAGUGCUUUUUGUUUGGACCUCUCAGUAAUGCAGAACCAUAGCUGCUUAUCUGAACAGCUUGGAGUUGUGUUCCUGAUUUUGUUUUGUUUUCUAUUAUUUUCGGUUUUGGUUUUGAGCCUGUAAAUGCGAUGGGUUGCUUGUUCUAAGAGCCAAAAAAAUUAACCUGUGUAAAUGUGGUUCUCUUUGAAGUUUAUCUUUACAUUUAUUUUCAUGGCUGUGUUGCACAUGCAUUGGUUGUUUCUGACUUACGUUGUUUGAUUAAUAAAUAAAAGAAUAAUUUUUGGUUGUGAACGAUG